AUGUCCUCAAAGACAGAAGCCCUCUCGGACAAGGAAACCACUACGGUGACGACAUACGUCGAUGCCGUUCCCAGCACUCCUGAAGCCAAGUCUGCCGUGGAAGACCGAAGCUCGCCGUCCGACUCCCAAGCUUCUCUGGAUGUCACAGCAUAUCCCGACGGCGGGCUGAAGGCCUGGCUUACUGUUUUUGGAGCGGUGUUGGCUCUUUUCUGCUGCGGCCAGCUCACCGCGUUCGGCGCGUUCCAGACGUGGUACGCCCAGAACCAGCUCCGCGAUCUCCCAGCGUCGACGAUAUCGUGGAUCGGCUCGCUGCAGCUGUGGAUAUUGUAUUUUUCGGGUGGCUUCUUGGGACGCAUAUUCGAUGCCUUCGGUCCUCGCGUCAUCCUGAUCCCUGGAUCGAUCCUGCUCGUCUUGGCCACCAUGCUGACGAGCGUCUGCACGGAAUACUACCAAUUCCUGCUCGUGCAAGGGUUUAUGACCGGACUAUCUUAUGGCAUGCUAUUCUAUCCGACGUUUGCAUCUAUUUCCACACACUUUCAAAAGUAUAGGGCGACCGCGGUCGGCAUAGCCAUCGCAGGGUCCGGUGUAGGGGGUGUCGUUUUCCCAGUAAUGUACCGACAACUCUUCGCACAGAUCGGCUUCGGCUGGGCGGUGCGCGUCUCGGGCUUCAUGUGCCUGGUGCUCUGCACAAUAUCGUGCGCGACGAUUACGAGCCGCAUUCCGCCAGGGCGAAAGAACGCGAAGCUCGUCCCGAGCAGCGAGGUCAUCCGCGAUACGCCCUUCGUGCUGCUCGUCGCGGGCUGCUUCUUUGUCAACUUUGCCCUCUUCAUCCCGUUCGUCUACCUAUCCAACUAUUCCAUAUACCGGGGCGUGUCCUCCGGUACCUCGUUCUACAUCAUCUCGGCCAUGAACGCAGGAAGCAUCUUCGGACGCAUUCUACCGCCUUUCCUCGCCGACACCGUCGGACGCUUCAACAUUGUCGUCCCGAGCACGUUUCUCAUGGGCACCUUCGCGCUUGUGUUCUGGAUGUUCACCAGGUCCCUCGUCGCGAUCGUGCUCUUCGCGAUCGUGUAUGGGUGCUUCUCCGGGGCUUUCCUGGCGAUGCAGAUCCCGUGUAUUGCGCAGAUAUCGAACAUCGAGGAGGUGGGGACGCGCAUCGGCAUCCUAUACAGCGUUGCAUCGUUCGGGGUUCUGGCCGGCAGCCCCGCAGCCGGCGCGCUUUUGAAGGCCGGAGGGGGCAGCUACACGGGCAUGAUCGUACUCUGCGGGAUCGUCAACCUGCUUGGAUCGUCGCUCCUGCUGCGAUCGAAGUAUGCCGUCAACCGCAAUCUCCUUGCGCGUGUAUGA